AUGGCGCCGCAAUGCCUGACGUCACUUCCGCUUUAUCAGUGCACUCAGUGCAGAGCUGGCUGCUGGGAGCGGAGGGUGAGUCCGGGGUUCAUUGUGUUUAUUGGGAUAUUCCUGGAUCCAGAGCGAAAAUAAUAAUUAAAGUAAAGGGGGAACAUGGGAGAGUGAGAGAGAGGAACAUGGGGGGAAAGAGAGAGAGGAACAUGGGGAGAGAGAGACAUGGGGAGAGAGAGGGGAACAUGGGGAGAGAGAGAGAGGUGGAAACCAUGGGAGAGAGAAAGAGGGAACACGCAAAGGAGAGAGAGAGGAACAUGGGGGAGAGAGAGGGGAACAUGGGGGAGAGAGAGAGGAACAUGGGAGAGAGAGAGAGGAACAUGGGGAGAGAGAGAGAGGAACAUGGGGGAGAGAGAGAGAGAACAUGGGAGAGUGAGAGGGGGAAACAUGGAGAGAGAGAAACAUUGGGGGGAAAGAGAGAGGAAACAUGGGGAGAGAGAGAGGAACAUGGGAGAGUGAGAGAGAGGAACAUGGAGAGAGAGAGGAACAUGGAGAGAGAGAGGAACAUGGGGAGAGAGAGACAUGGGGAGAGAGAGGGGGGAACAUGGGGAGAGAGAGGGGGGAACAUGGGGAGAGAGAGAGGGGGAACAUGGGGAGAGAGAGAGGAACAUGGGGGGAAAGAGAGAGAGGAACAUGGGGAGAGAGAGAGAGAGGAAUACUUUUAAAGUUAGAAUUGUGUAAAAACCUUUUCUGCCUGUGCUAAUUAAGUUAGUCUAUUGUCUUGGUGUGAGGAAGGGGAGGAGGUGUUGUGAGGGAGGGGGUUUAAUAAUGUGAUGGUGUGUGGGAGGGGGAGGGAGGUUGUUGGUGUGAGGGAGGGGAUUUAAUAAUGUGUGGGUGAUGGUGUGAGGGAGAGUGGACUAAAUACAUUCUGUUAUUCCGUUGUGUUCCAGUGUGGGCUCCCUGGUGGUGAUAUCUGGUGUGCAGAGCUUCAGACCAUGUAUUUUGCGAGACCCGGUCAGAGCGUUGCCAUGGUAACCCACGGCAAUGCUCUUAUUGGUCAGAUAUCGCAAGAUACAUGGUCUGCAUCUCUACACUGCAGACCAGUGGCCACGGGCGCCCUCAUCCACGCAGGCAGACGGCACUGGGGGGCCUCGUACCCAGUGGGAUAAUAAGCAAGGUGCCGGGCCCCCUCCUGGUGUUGGGUCCUCGGUCAGUGACAGAGGACCCGACACAGGCGGCCGCCUACACUGCCUAAUUAGAGGACUGCCUAUGACACUAGUGUUUAUUGUAUACCACUCCUAGGUUCAGUCCUUUAUAUUUGAUCUUCAAUGUACUCCUCUGUUUUAGGUUAUCUCGAUUCUCCAUGCUUUGGUAAGUCACGUGACUCUCUACAAUCGCUUCCGUGUCGGUACUGUACGGGAGAGGUUAACAUACUAUUGGUAAGUACACCUUACACCUUUUCUAUAUAUUUACAGUUUGGUGUAUGUCACGUUGAUAUUAAGAAAGACUUGAACGGGUCGAAACGUCGAUCGAGCAUUUGUGUGAUUUAAUGUCUAAAUAAACACUACUUUAAUUGUGAAAGACUUCAGAGUGCACCCUUCCUCCAAGUUUCUUUCUUUCUUAAGUUCUCUCUCUCUAUAUAUAAAUAUCCCAAGUGAUAGUCCGCACUCACGGUCUCUGUUUUAAAACAAAACUUUUAUUGUUCACAUAAAAGAACAAACAAUGAGACCUUAAAGUGUUAACGUUUCAGUCCCAGAUCAGGAUUAUCCUCAGGACAGCUGUAUAAUUUGGCCCCCAGCAGCACCCCAUUUAUGCAUGUUCAGGUGAGUGCAGCCUGCAGCAACCCCCACUGUAAUACAUAGAGAGAGCCCCAGAUGGAAUUUUUUUCCCCAAGUAAGUGGGUUAAUCUCAUAAGAGCAGACAUUAGCUGUUAGAGUAGGACCUGCAAAGAAUGGGGUACAUUGACGUUGUGGCAGGCUUAUGCAACGUAUGAUCAUAUAAUAUAACUAAACCCCCAUUGUUUUUUGCCUGGGUGAGGUGCUUUUAAAAAAAAAUAAUAAAAUCUGUCAGCAUUGAAGUUGCUGUUUAGGGCAUAGCUGAGUGCGCUGGAUCUUGUGUAUUAUAUACAGUAUAUACUCGAGUAUAAGUCGAGACCCCUAAUUUUACCCCCCCCAAAACUGGGAAAACUUAUUGACUCGAGUAUAAGACUAGGGUGGGAAAUGCAGCAGCUACUGGUAAAUUUCUAAAUAAAAUUAGAUCCCCCAAAAAUUACAUUAAUUGAAUAUUUAUUUACAGUGUGUGUGUGUAUAUAAUGAAUGCAGUGUGUAUGAGUGCAGUGUGUGAGUGCAGUGUGUAUGUGAUGCAGAGCCUUGGUGGGGGGGUGGGCAUUUUUUUAUUUUUUUUUAUUAUUAUAAUAUUUUUUUUUAUAUAUAUUAUUAUUUUCUUUAUUAUAUUAUUAUUUCAUUUUUUAUUUAUAUUUAUUUUCAUCCCCCCCUUCCUGCUUGUUAGCUGGCCAGGGAGGGAGCUCUCAUUCCCUGGUGGUCCAGUGGAUGGGCUGUGCAGGAGGGGGGCUGGCAGAGAGCUGUUACUUACUUUUCCUGCAGCUCCUGUCAGCUCGCUUUUCCUCCACUGUAAGUCUUGCGGCUGCGCGGAGCGUUCCCCGCGGCUCUCGCAAGAUUUACAGUGGAGCUGACAGGGGAGCUGACCGGCACGGAGGAGAGAGAAGGGAGCUGACAGGAAGGUAAGUAACAGCUCUCUGCCAGCCCCCAUCAGUACCGCCGGGCUUGUAAUGAGCCUGGCGGUCCUGGUCUGUAUUAUGACAAUGUAAAUUGCCAUAAUACAGACAUUAACUCAAGUAUGAGUCGAGUAGGGGUUUUUCAGCACAAAAAAUGUGCUGAAAAACUCGACCUAUACUCGAGUUUAUAAGAUUUUAUAAGAUUGUGCAACAUCGAUCUAGGUAAUGCAAUACUGUGUUGUUGCGUAACCUGUUAUAGUAAAAGUUGGUUGAGGUGUGCCAGAACCACCUAUGUGGUAGGCCUGUAAAUAAAAGUGGACCCACUCUAGUAGCAUAUAAAUGAAUAAAGGAUGUGGAGGGAGGGGCAUGCAAACUGCCAGCCCAUUGACGGUAGGGUAGGAAAGGGGGGAGUCCCUUUUGUAGGUAACAGAAGCCCCUCCCACAACUCCAGGCAAAGUCUUACAUUUGUGUUCAGGGCAACAUGGGUAAAGCAGAACUGUGUUGUGGGGUAACCUGUUAUAGGAAAAGUCGGUUGAGGUGUGCCGGAACAGAUGAUGCGGUAGGCCUGUGUAAUAAACGUUUAACUCGCAAGUUGGAAUAAACUUGGAAUUAAUAAUAACUUAAAGUUAUUUUAAAUAAUAACUUAAAAACCGAGUGUAAAGUCAGAGUCCACACUCCUUGCUUUCAGCAAUUCAAUAAUAUUUAUUAAUAGAGGCUAAUCAAACAAAUAAACAAUACAUAUACAUUUGAAAUAGGCUAGUAUAUGUUCCUACUAAAACUAAUCAUUGAUUGAAUGGAAAGUAGCCUAAAUUAACAUAGUAAAACAGGCACAGACACGUGAUACAGUUACCACUCCAUUGAUCACCAGCUGAGAGUAAGAGAGAGAGUGAGCUAUUCACAGGGUUUUAAACAGGUUAGCCCCUCCUUCUGCUGGACACACCUCCCUUAGGAUGUAACAGAACCAGAGUGCCUACUGGUGGAAGGGGGAAUGCAUUGGAAGGAAAUGGAGGAGGUGUUUAUCAAUAACUCAACUGGUUUGCCUGGUGAAAGGCCAUGUGCUUCACAGAGGACUCCAUUAUUGUCUAAGGGUAGAAUGGGGGCUUGAAUCCCUUUUUUAGAACACAAUAACACUUCAUUGGCAUACAGCUUGGCUGUUAAUAAGUCCCCACACCUACUACAGCCUGUAAAUAAAAGUGGACAAAAAGGAAGAAUACAAUGCUGUUGUAUAUUUAUUUAGGCAACAUAAUACAAUGUAAAAGGGGGGAAUUAGGCGCUCGCUAUGGUGGUGGCUAAAGGUGGUAUUGGGCAGAAGUAACCAAUACAAGGAUUCCCAACCUUGUGGUGUAUAGUGUAGAAAGAAAGGGAGGAGGUAAACCGCGCCCUAGAUAAUAUAGUACAAGAAAUGUAUACGUACACAAGAUAUAUGAUAUAUAUACAUUUGACCUCAAAAAUAAAAGGACAUAAAAAAUAAUAGUGCAAAAUGUUGUGUUUUUUUAUUUUUUUUUAUUCUUUAUUUUUACCUGUGCAUGAGGUAACACCAAGCGUGUAGUGCCACAACGGCCCCUACAAGCGUUUUAUAGCAUUUCAACAUGGCAAGAUUCCUAGCGUUUAGCGCAGAUGAGCGGAGUUGGUGGACUUUGUCAGAUUGUUAUCAGCUAUAUAUCAGAGAAUUUACAACAUUUGAAAACAGGUUAGACAAUAAUGUUAAACUACACUGUUAAACUGGUGAGCUAUAAAACCACCUGGCUAGCACGGUAAUAGAGGUGAGAUAUCUCCCAACAGUACAUGUCUACAUUAGUAAGCAUGUUGGUAGCCUGGCUGUUAUCAGGUUAAGUUAAGUAAUGACAUGCAAUUAGCCGGCAUAGAUGUUUCUGUACAAUUGAGUAAUAAAACGAAACAACAAAUAGAUAAUGCUGCUUCUCUGUGUAACAAGCUUGUGUUGGGAUAGUCACCCUCACAGGCCAGCAGUAUGCAUAAGGGCUAGUUUCUCAUGAUCGCCAAAAGGGGUCAUUAAUGUCCAGGGUGUAGUGGCUGCUUGUGAGUACGUUUCUUAACAGUCAUGCUGUCCCAGGGCCGGUCCGACCCUCAGCCAAUAAUGGCAACUUAUAAUGUAGAUUUAGUCACGGUUACUGAGGCAUGGCAUAUGAGAAAAAUGACUUGGAUGUAGCAAUACCAGGGAACUCUUUAUAUAGAAAAGACAGAGAAGGCAAGAAAGGGGGUGGGUGGCUCUGUAUGUGAAGGAUAGCAUCAAAUCUAGCCUUAUAAAAGUUAGUAAGGCAAACAGUCAGUUUGGGUUACAUUAGAAGUUGGUAAUCACACAGUACCUCGUAUAGGUGAGAUUUAUAGGCCCCCAGGUCAAAUGGAAGAGUUAGAUAAUCUACUAGUUGAGCAAAUAGCUAAAAUGACAAUGAUGGGAGAAGUUCUCAUCAUGGGUGACUUUAAUCAUCCCGAUGUGAACUGGAAAACCAAAACAGCUGUUUGUGCUAGGAGCACAAAUAUUCUAAACUCCCUAUUGGGAUUAUCUCUAAAACAACUAGUUGAGGAGCCAACUCGUAAGGUGGCAAUACUAAAUUUAGUGCUUAUAAAUGGACAUUUGGUAUCAGAUAUUACUGUAGGUGAAAGUUUAGGAUCCAGUGACCACCAGUCAGUGUGGUUUAAUACAAGAACAGUGACUGAGCCACACCACACACUAAAAAAAGUUUUAGACUUUAGAAAAACAGACUUUUCUAAAAUUUGAAUGUGUAAAGGAGUCAUUGUCCGUCUGGACCAGUUUAAAUGGAGUCCAAGAGAAAUGGGAUUGUUUAAAGUUGCACUGCUGAAGGCAACAGAAAAUUGCAUUAGUCUUGUCAGUAAAAGCAAAAAAAAUUCAAGAAACCACUGUGGUACUCCGCAGAUGUGGCCAAAAUAGUAAAAAACUAAAAGUUAGUGUUACGGUUGCCUCCAGACCAGCAGAAGGUUUGGACCACUUAGAUGUCUUUGUUCCCGAUCUUGGAGAGUAAGAGCAGAGCUCCAAACAGCAUCCAGCUAUAAUCCCGCUACUAUAACUCCUUUCCCUACAACACGAGUCGAGGCUGCGGGUUGAGGAUAAGAACUGAUUUAUUGAGCAUUCAUGCACUGCUUAAACACAUAUUUUCAGGCCAGAGGAACACACCUCUGGACCUGAUGGUACACAGGAUUACAAAGGGUAACAGCCAAUAGAAACAAAGUGCAUUUUUUUUUUUUUAAACACUCCCUCCUGGUCUGUAGAUAAUUGGUCUCAACGGUUACAGUAACUCUAUCUCCAGGUACAUGAAAUAAAAUCACUUUUAUAGAGACAUGAAAAUGAAUAAAAAUGUAUAACUUUUACACCAUUGAAUGUCACAUUCAACCCAUCCCCAGACAGCUUGGAUCUGAGCGCACAAGAGACACAAAAAGCGUUCAGAUCUCAUGAACGGUAUGGUAACGCCAUGUGGAUGAAAAUUGUCUGCAGGGCUGUUCGAAUGUGUAAAGGAGUCAUUGUCCGUCUGGACCAGUUUAAAUGGAGUCCAAGAGAAAUGGGAUUGUUGAAUGUCACAUUCAACCCAUCCCCAGACAGCUUGGAUCUGAGCGCACAAGAGACACAAAAAGCGUUCAGAUCUCAUGAACGGUAUGGGAACGCCAUGUGGAUGAAAAUUGUCUGCAGGGCUGUUCGAAUGUGUAAAGGAGUCAUUGUCACCAUUGAAUGUCACAUUCAACCCAUCCCCAGACAGCUUGGAUCUGAGCGCACAAGAGACACAAAAAGCGUUCAGAUCUCAUGAAUGGUAUGGGAACGCCAUGUGGAUGAAAAUUGUCUGCAGGGCUGUUUGAAUGUGUAAAGGAGUCAUUGUCCGUCUGGACCAGUUUAAAUGGAGUCCAAGAGAAAUGGGAUUGUUUAAAAGUUGCACUGCUGAAGGCAACAGAAAAUUGCAUUAGUCUUGUCAGUAAAAGCAAAAAAAAAUUCAAGAAACCACUGUGGUACUCCACAGAUGUGGCCAAAAUAGUAAAGAACUAAAAGUUAGUGUUAUGGUUGCCUCCAGACCAGCAGAAGGUUUGGACCACUUAGAUGUCCUUGUUCCCGAUCUUGGAGAGUAAGAGCAGAGCUCCAAACAGCAUCCAGCUAUAAUCCUGUAAGUGUAGAUAUCCCGCUAGUAUAACUCCUUUCCCUACAACACGAGUCGAGGCUGCGGGUUGAGGAUAAGAACUGAUUUAUUGAGCAUUCAUGCACUGCUUAAAUACAUAUUUUCAGGCCAGAGGAACACACCUCUGGACCUGAUGGUACACAGGAUUACAAAGGGUAACAGCCAAUAGAAACAAAGUGCAUUUUUUUUUUUUUAAACACUCCCUCCUGGUCUGUAGAUAAUUGGUCUCAACGGUUACAGUAACUCUAUCUCCAGGUACAUGAAAUAAAAUCACUUUUAUAGAGACAUGAAAAUGAAUAAAAAUGUAUAACUUUUACACCAUUGAAUGUCACAUUCAACCCAUCCCCAGACAGCUUGGAUCUGAGCGCACAAGAGACACAAAAAGCGUUCAGAUCUCAUGAACGGUAUGGGAACGCCAUGUGGAUGAAAAUUGUCUGCAGGGCUGUUCGACAAGUAGCAGCCCAUGUAUUCUCGGCUAUAGUGUCCUGCAAGGGGUCAGUGUAUCCUUCGUGGUGGCAAAGUGUCGAACAGUAUGCACUUCGGUGUUUUAUACACGAACGGGCAGGGCAAGAUGAAUCCCAGCGGGGUUCGUGCAGAAUAGUGUCCAAAAAGAGUACCAGGCGUUUGACGACCAGGUCCCGCUGGGCGUUCGACAAUGAAAGAUGGCCGUCACCACCACGUGUCCGUGCAUACGAACGACGACCCCCCGCCGAUGAUCAAUUAGGUUGCGGUUAACCACCAGCCGCACCUUUAGGGUGAUUAACUAGGGGCACACGCCUCAAGUUGGGUGGUCGGCCGUUUGGUAGUUGGUUCGACCUGUAGUUCGGUGUCCCUUUCGACCCUCUCAAACGAACGAUGACCACCUUGUCGAUGAUCAAUUAGGCUGCGGUUAACCACAAAACCGGAGCUCCUAGGUGGUUAAUGGUAGGCACACUCCUCAGGUAGGAUGGUCGUCCGUUCGGGAUUUUGAGAGGUGAACGGCGUUCAUUGGCGGCACACGCCAAGGGCUGGGUGGUUGGCCAAUUGUAUGUACAAAUGGUCUGCAAUAGUUGUUUGGGCAAAAGCAACAAAAUAGCAACAAAAUAACAGGGUUGUAUGAGACCGAAGGGACUUUCUAACAGUUAGCAGCUAGUAAUUAUUAAAAAACUCAGGGUGAAGAAGAGACAGAUCUGUAAGAUUAGGCAGAAAGAGUCUAAGCAAGUUAUAAGAGCUUACAAAUCAAACACAGACUAGGCAAUUGCCCAGUCAGUAAAAAGGGGGCACAAAAAGGUUUUUUAGAUUCAUAAAUGAGAAAAGGAAAGUAAAACAAGGAUUAGUUAGAUUAAAAACAAAAGAAAGAAUGUAGAAGAGGAUAAAGGUCUAGCUGACUACCUCAAUUAAUAUUUUUGUUCAGUAUUUAGAGAUGAAAAUGAAGGAAAGGGACUUCAGUUAGGAAAAAGAAUAAAAGAGUCAUUUGUUACGCGUGGGUUUACAGAGGAAGAGGUUCUAUUUCUACUUUCAAAAGUAAAGAUAAAUAAGUCGAUAGGGCCUGAUGGAAUACACUCAAGGUUAUUGUAACGGCAGCCCGGGAAUAAAAGGAGUUAGCCGUUUAGUAGAUAUCCCCCUUCCAGAUAUACAGGCAGCUACCAAAGACACCAAUCCGCUGAACAGGAAAUCAUAUGAAUGCCGUAAACAGCCGAAUAGGAAAACAACAUAUGAAUAGGUUUACACUCCUAGCAGUCAAACUGGAACAGCAUACAAUAAAUCCCCCCAAGAACGAGACAAGGCUCUGUUUUGAGGGUCAAGCAGGAACAGACUGAGCUGUGUUUUUUUUGGCCUUAUUUACACAUUUUACAGACAAAGUCCCACCCACAGGGUUUUGUGGAACAUACAACACAGAUAAACACUCCCAUUCUUUCCAGCAAAAUCCUCCCCUCUGCCUGUGAUAUAAUUACUGAACACAAUGGGCUAACGUAAUUAUCACAGGCAAGAAAACAUACAGUUUUACACAAUAUUCAUAACUUUAAAAGUAUACAUCACAUAUAACUUACAUUUUCAGACUCCACAUACAAACAUUCUAAAAAAUCAGGCAAUUCCUUCCAUUGGUUUAAAAGUUAGAUCAAAGUCCUUUGUAACCAAAUGAAGCAUGGCUUUUCUGCCUAAAACCAGUUCCACAGAGUCCUCUAUCCUGGAGAUAAUUGGCUUAACUGGGUGUGGUAAGCCAACCAUCUCCAGGUACAGAAAAUAUCUCUAUUCACAACAACAGCAAAAAUACAUAACGCCUAUCAUACUGAACAGAACCCCCACAUUCAACCUAUCCCCAGAUGGCUUGGAUCUGAGCGCUCAAUAUAUCCAAACCGCGCUCAGAUCCCACAAACACAGUAAAAUUGCCAUGGGCUGAUGAGAGGGGGCCAUAAUCAUGAGGCAGGAGGCUGGCAACCAGGCUUCUCCAGUGCCCAGUGGUGAGGUUGGUUUCGCCACAGUUAUUAAAAGUGCUUAGUGGUGUACUAGCAAAAUCAUUAGUCGAUUUAUUUAACCAAUCCUAGUUAGUGGUCCCAGAAGAUUGGAAAUUAGCUAAUGUUGUGUCUAGUCACAAGAAAGGUAAUAGGGAGGAGUCGGGAAACUAUAGGCCAGUAAACCUUACUUCAGUAGUAGGGAAGUAAUGGAAACCAUGUUAAAGGAUAGGAUUUUUUACCACAACAAGAGGACAUAGUGUAAUAAUAUUAAUAAUGAUUUAAGUCAUAAAAUAAAGCAUAAUGAGUUUCCUGUCUUAUAGGCACCACUAGGGGCAGUGUGUAGAAAUCCUUAAGCUAUGUGCUUCUGGCAGUGGCAUCACAGGCCAGCCUAUUUAGGAAUGAACAAAAACCAGAUAUAUUCAGUCUCUAUAAAUUAGAGGGUCAAAGGUUUAAAAAUAUCAGGAAGUAUUACUUUACUGAGAGGGUAGUGGAUGCAUGGAAUUGCCUUCCAGCUAGAGUGGUAGAGGUUACUACAGUAAAGGAGUUUAAGCAUGCAUGGGAAAGGCAUAAGGUUAUCCUAGAUAUAAGAUAAGGUCAGGGACUAAUGAGUAUUCAGGCAGACUAGAUGGACCAAAUGGUUCUUAUCUACCGUCACAUUCUAUGUUUCUACGUAAUCUUUGAAGUUUCAUUCACUCUGCGUGGACACGUGUGUGCGUGUGUACACACAUGUGAAUGUGCGGACAUGUUUACAGGAGAUUUCACAACUAUAUUUGCAGACUUAAGAAUAAACGUAAAAAAUAACUUAUUCUAAAAGCCGUGAGCCUUUCCUGAAAUAUAAAUGUUUUGCAUUUCUGAUGUUUCAUGAAAAUAAAGUCAGUUUUUCAAAGUAUGGUAAACAAUAAAUCCUUUAUAGACAGAUUUUCUAUAACUCCCAGUACAUUUUCUUUCAGGUAUUUCCAUCAGCAGAUGUUUUUCUAA